UGCUCCCCCCCGCCGGCACCAUUCCCUCCCCCGGGCGCCAGCGCGCCCCGGCCGGGCGGCGGCUCAGCCUGGGCCGCAAAACUUUGCUGGCGGCCGCGGCGGGGGUGGUGAUGGUUCUGGUGCUGGUGGUGCUCAUCCCGGUGCUGGUGAGCUCCGCCGGUACCGACGGUCGCUACGAGAUGCUGGGCACCUGCCGGAUGGUCUGCGAGCCCUACGGCCCCGCCGCUCCCCCCCAGCAACCGGCCGAGCGCGGCCCCCUCCCGCCGCCCUCCACGCUGGUGCAGGGUCCCCAAGGCAAACCGGGCAGACCGGGCAAACCGGGACCGCCGGGACCGCCCGGAGAGCCGGGGCCGCCGGGGCCGGUGGGGGCGCGGGGCGAAGCGGGAAGACCGGGACCCCCGGGAUUACCGGGACCGGGCGCUACGGGCGCGGUGAGCGCGGCCACCUACAGCACGGUGCCGCGGGUCGCCUUCUACGCCGGCCUCAAGAACCCCCACGAGGGCUACGAGGUGCUCAAGUUCGACGACGUGGUCACCAACCUGGGCAACAGCUACGACGCCGCCUCGGGCAAGUUCACCUGCGCCAUCCCCGGCACCUACUUCUUCACCUACCACGUCCUCAUGCGCGGCGGGGACGGCACCAGCAUGUGGGCCGACCUCUGCAAGAACGGGCAGGUCCGGGCCAGCGCCAUCGCUCAGGACGCCGACCAGAACUACGACUACGCCAGCAACAGCGUCAUCCUGCACCUGGACGCGGGCGACGAGGUGUUCAUCAAGCUGGACGGGGGCAAAGCCCACGGCGGCAACAACAACAAGUACAGCACCUUCUCCGGCUUCAUCAUCUACUCGGACUGAGCCCGGCGCCCCCCGCAUCUCCCCGCAGUGACCCCCCAGCCCCACGGCGUCCCUGCUGCCCCCCAGCUCCUCCCCGGCACCCCCUGCCCACCCAUGGAUCCCCCUCCCCGCUCUCCCGGCUGCUCCGAGCCCCCUGUUCCCGUCAGGGCUGGGGGCUGCAGAGGU